AUGAUAGUGAAUAUGAUCUAUCGAUUGAUGGUUAUGAUUUCGAUGCAAGAUUAUAUGAAACCGAAACAAAUACACGUAUAUCCACCUGGAGCUCAAUGUGCUUCGCAACCUUGUCAAAAUGGUGGUCGUUGUUUUGAUUUACCAUCAGCUAAUACAUAUCAUUGUGCUUGUCUUGGUUCAUAUACGGGUGUUAAUUGUCAAACAAAAGGACGAGUUUGUUCUAACGAUAUAUGUUGUGAUGGAGCAUUAGAUUGA